UUCCCGAAAAUGUGCACACGACAGGAGAAGGGAUUUUUCGGUCCGUGCGACAACACCACUGCGCUUCAAUAGCAAAUAUGGCAGGCAGAGGUGGACAUGAUAAUAAUAGAUAUGGAGGAGAGCGGGCCCGUAGACCGCUCCCGACGGAACCGCCGUACAUUGCGUACGUGGGAAAUUUGCCGCAAGGCGUCGUACAGGGCGAUCUGAACAAGAUUUUCCAGGAUUAUACGGUGAAGAACAUCCGUCUGGUCAAGGAUAAGGAAACCGACGUCUUCAAGGGCUUCUGCUAUGUGGAGUUUGGCACGCUGGACGAGUUGAAACAGGCCUUGGACUUGGACGGGGUGAUCAUGCUUAACGACAGCUUUGCUGCCCUACGGAUUGACAUAGCGGAACAGAAGAAGAACGACCGUGGUGGAUUCAACAAAAGAGGCGGAGGCGGAGGCGGUCAGCAGAAUCGCGGAGGACCAGGAGGUUUCAGUAACAAAGGAGGAACCCACAACAACCGACAAGGCGGUGAUAGAAACUACGGUAAUGACAACUAUGGCAGAAAUGAUUUUGAUAGAAACCGUGGACGUUCUAAUAACUAUAACGCAGAUCGUGGGCCAAACCGCGGCAGAUAUGGUAACUUUGGUGAUGAGAUCCGUGAUGGUGGCCGGGAUGGAGGUAACCGAGAUGACUGGAGCCGAGACCACGAUGGUCGUGGAAGCGACAGGGGAGACAACUACAAUCGUGGUGGUGAUGGGGGCUACGGGCGAUACGGAGGAGGAAGUGCUGGAGGAAUGGCAGGUGGUCGUAGAGAACACCGUGAUAGUGACAGAAGAAAAGAACCAAUUCAAGGCCCUCCAUCACUUAGUUUGGCCGAACGAGAUGCUGGUAGACCUAAGUUGAACUUGAAACCACGGACCGUGGCCACUCCUUUGAACGCCCUUGCGGAAACUAAGCAAGCAGCUGCCAUUUUUGGUAAUGCUCGACCCCGCGAGGAAAAGAUCGGGGCCGAAGGCAGAGAGCCGGAGGAUUCAGAACGUAAAACGUCUGUCUCCUCUUCAACGGCUGAAGACGAUAAGAACGAACCGAACUAAAGCUUUUCUUUAGUUUGUUAGCGUUAACUUUUUUAGUUAUUUUUCCUUUUAUCAAAUGAGAGCGAAAGUAAAACAGUUUUUUUUUACUAAAAUGCAUAUAAAAAUAGGAUGAAAAGCAGGAUUGCAAUGUGAAAUUACAAACCCAUACAUGAAAAUACAUGCAUACCCACAAGAAAUGAUGAAAAACCUAACGUAAACAUAUGUGUUUAAUUUAUGUUUGAUUUUUACGCUUUCUUCUACAAUUUAAUAAAAUAAUAAUUAAAGAAAAUGCAAAAAAAGAAGGAAUGAAAUACAAAAUAAAAUGUAAUUAUACUGUAAUAAGUAUGAGACAGUAAAUUAUAAUAACUACUAUAGCACAUUGAUAUACUGCAAAACCUAAAAGAAUAACUUCGCGAGAGAAAAGCUAAAAACUGAAGUCUUACUAUAAGAGAAAAACAAAUCUUUUUGAGCUAGGAAACACAGUAAUAAUUACAAAGGAGAGUCGAGAAUUUAAUGCGUUUUUGAAAUUGUUUUACCCUGGUGUUUGCGUUAUCCGUUUUCUUUUUGCGUAUGAAGUGUUUUAAUUAAGAGGAUAUGUGAGACAAUUCAAUCAGUAAUGUAUGAGAAAGUUGUGCUUUAGUCGAAGAUUUCAAUGGCGAAAACAUUCAAGAUCAUACAGUUAAUGAAUUUACCUUAACGUCCUACAGUCGAUAACUUUACGCAGCUAAAGUUACUCUAAAUUCCGUUUGUUUUACCAUCGGACACUAAAAGGAUUGUGAUUCGUGUUACUUUUGAUUUGAUUUUCAGUUCAAUUCGCCGCUUAAACUACAAUGAAUAUCUGCAACAUUACGCAUAGUUCGGUUCGCUUUUGAAAGGUUUAAAAUUUUGAAACUAAAUUCAAGAGCAAAAAUGUAAAAAUGGUAAGCAUAAUAUACACUCUUAUCUUUAAGUGUUGUUGACAUAAAUACGAGAUGAAUGAUGAACAUGAAAACGGAUGAAUAAACUGGUGAAAUAACUAUACUUGGAAAACAUAA